AUGAAGUCCCUCAAUCUACCUAGUGUCCUUGCUGGGUCGUUGGCGGCAGUAGCAGCUCUCCCUCCAGUAUCAAUCGAUGCAUUUAUUGUUCCCAAAACAACAUCAGUGUGCUUGCCACAGACUGCAAUUUCCCGAGUGCAUAGACCAUGGAUACUUCCAGCUACAAACGAUGGAACAAAUGAUGACGACGAUGACGGCGUUUCUCGAGAUACGACCGAGUCUAUCACAUCGUCACUUCGUCCUUCCAACGAUAUUGGUGCCACCAAUGACUCUAUACAAUCUUCCUCUGUCGCUACCAUGAUGAGUCAAGAAAACAAACGUAUCUUGAUUGAAGAAUUGGGGUAUCGGCGGAAGGACGCAGAACGACUUCGAUUGGAAUUGGUGUCCUCCAUUGUCGAGAAGCGGCUAAAAUGCCCAACAGAAGGUAUUCCAGAAGAGUGGUGCCGAUCAGAACAAGAACUCACCCGAGAGUCUCGAAUGAUGCAACGGCUCGAACAAGAGUCUCAAUAUCCCCUCAAGUUGCCAUUGAUUGGAAUUAGCCUCAUUCUGUUUGGCAAAGGCUUUGGUGAUGCUUUGAUUACCAUUAUCAAAGUCAACAUGGACUUUCCUGGGGCGUCUCUGGCCGAACAAUUCUUGGGUGUGCCAGUGUUAGGGAUUGAUAUGCUUUGCGUUGUACUAGGAGGGGCCUUGGGUUGGUGGACCUGGAAGACGAUGAAAUAA